AUGGCAGAGGAUAGCUCAAAUAAUCAGAACUGUCCAAUGUAUCUGGACCUGCUGAAGGAUCCAGUGACUACUCCUUGUGGACAUGCCUAUGGUAUGGAGUGCAUCAAGGAUGGUUCAGAUCAUGUUCAGACAGAGGGAUACCGGUGCCCACAAUGCAGACAGACCUUCACUCCAAGACCUGCCCUCAACCAGAACACUCUUAGUGCUGAAAUGGAGGAAAUGAAGACGAGGGUGAAUGCACCUGCCUCUGGACCUGGAGACGUGGAGUGUGAUUUCUGCACUAAGAUAAAACAGAAAGCCGUGAAGUCCUGCCUGGUCUGUCUGGCUUCUUACUGUGAGACUCACCUCCAGCCUCACUAUGAAUCUCCUGCCUUUAUUAACCACAGGCUGAUCCAAGCUACCAAACGACUCCAAGAGCAGGUCUGCUCUCUACAUCAGAAACCUCUGGAGGUUUAUUGUCACUUUGACCAGCUCUGCAUCUGUGUUUUUUGCACCAUGGAUAAACAUAGUGAACAUACAACGGUGACAGCUGCAUCUUACAGAAUGGAAAAACAGCUCAAUGUAUGA